GUUCACGCCACAGCUUAACAGCCGAAGACAACCAAAGCUCUCUCUCUCCCUCCCUCUUUUUUCUUUUUCUUUUUUUUUUCCCGGAAAAUAAUUUCUUCGCAUGAAAUUGGAGCAAAUUCAUCGGAGUUUCGUCAACGAAUAAUUCGCCGUCUUCUCGUCCCCUCCAGAUUUUGAGCAGACCUCCGCCAUGCCACGAGAGCUUCGAUUUUAGGUCUCUGAGGCGGAUUACAGAAACCCUAGGAUUUCACCGCCAUGGAAAUCGUGGAAUCUCGUUCGAAUGAUGUUGCCGAGAGGGAAGGAAAGCGAAUCCAGAAGGACAGUAGCAUUCGUGUGAAGAGGAAGACUUUGCAGGCUGUGCUCGAGGAGUGUCAGAGAGCUCUGGAGUUGUUAAAUCAGGCCGAUGUUAGUCCUGACGACGACUACGACAACGCCGCCGGAGAUGAUGGCGGCGAUGGCGUCGGAAAUCGUGAUGGCCCACCGGAGGAGGAAUCGAUCGGGGAAGAAGAAUUGUCCUCAUCUGAUCGUGGAGAUCCUGAAGCUGAUGAAUUGUAUGAUCUCAUCAAAUCUAGAGUUGAAUGCCGUGACUUUCUCGAAAGGUUAGAAUCAGCUCAGGUCUCAGUUCCACAGCAUGUAACUGAUGGUAGCUCUUGGGAUGUAGUUAGUGAAGAUGAUCUUUGGGGUGAGAAAAAUACGGGUCAACCCGAGGAAGAUUAUGUGCUGGUUAAGCAAGAAGAUAUAGUAGAUGGCAUUGCAAGUUUUAUGGCUACAUAUCUAUUAUCCCUUAAGCAGACAAAGGACUUGACCCCUGAUCAGCUUCAGAAAGCCCUCGGUAGGACGUUUUCAGUGAAGAAGAGAAAGGGAAAGCUCCGAAGAGCCUGGGAUGGGAGUAAAGUCGUUUACAACGUAGCAUCAUGGAGCGCAACUGUUAUAGGGAUAUACCAAAACCCGGUAAUCCUCAGGGUUGCCUCGAAGGCCUUCUGGGCAUCGUGUCAGGUCAUAUCUAAGCUUGUCUGAUUGAUACAGACACUUGCAGAAUGGACUUCAUCUUCAUGCCUGAAUUUGCCUAUUCGGGUUUGUACUACUUCGUGGUGCUGAUAAGAUACAGCCUUAGAUUCCGCAAUGUUUUCAUAACUCUUAAAUUUAUUCAAUGUUGGUAUGAUCUCUCUGUAAAUAGCAUCCGUUUCUAUAUGAGCACGCGGGUUAUGAUUUGGUCGUAUCAGAUGAAAUGGCACGUGUUCGGAUUAUACACCAUACUGUAAUGGCAGAACAUCAAAAAGGCUGUCUGAAGA